ACCGUCCCGUCGAGUGAUCCCAAUCAGCCCGCAAGAUGACCAUCAACACCCUGGCUAAAGGAGGCUGGCACCGGGAGCAAAUGACAUGCUUUCGAAAGAUGGAGAAAGUGAUUGUGGCCAUGCAGGACCCAGACAUGGGCAUGAAAAUGAGAAACCAGAGGCUCCUCAUCACUGUCAUUCCACACGCCAUGACAGGCCGUGACAUCAUCGACUGGUUGAUCCAGAAAUACAAUAUGUGCGAGGAGGAGGCUCUGCACCUCAGUGGCAUGCUGGUGAAAUACGGGUAUAUUUACCCUCUCAAGGAGCCCAGAUCUCUAGUGUUAAGGCCUGAUGAGUCACCCUACCGCUUCCAGACUCCUUACUUCUGGACUAGUACUCGGUGGCCUGCCUCAGAGCUGGACUAUGCAAUCUAUUUGGCUAAAAAGAACAUAAGGAAACAAGGAGAACUGAUGGAAUAUGAAAAGGAGAGGUACAGUGUGUUACACAAGAGGAUAAACCAUACCUGGGACUUUGUGGUGAUGCAAGCCAGAGAGCAACUCAGAGCGUCCAAACAGAGGAGGAAGGCCGACCGCAUUGUUCUAGAGUGUCAGGAGCAGGCGUACUGGCUCAUCAACAGACCCCCGCCUGGGGCACAUAAUGUGUUGGACAUGGGUCUGGAGAGACCAAAUAACUUCAGCGCACGAGUAACACUGAACAGUGAAUACUACAAAAAUGAGAUUGAUACCUGUAGAAGGGCCCUCGGAAGAAACCGUGUAAAGUCAUCCAUCUGCCUCGAAGGUUUUGUGAAAUACAGCGAGCAGUACCAGAACCAUGACCCCAUUAUGCAAGGCUGCCUUCCCAGUAACCCCUGGAUCUCUGACGACACCGCACACUGGUCGAUGAAUUCAGAAAUGGUACCUACACCGACACGUCUACGAGUGGAGCGUUGGAGCUUCAGCUUCAUGGAGCUUCUAAAUGACCAAAUGGGGAGGCGGGAGUUCAUGACCUACCUGGAGAAAGAGUUUAGUGCGGAGAACCUGUGUUUCUGGGUGGCCUGUGAGGAGAUAAGGCAUGGAGAAAGUUCCAGGAUCAUAGAGAAGGUGGAAGAAAUCUACAAAAACUUCCUGGCUCCAGGAGCGGCCCGUUGGGUCAACAUCGACAGUAAGACGAUGGAUAAAACUCUCGAUGGGAUCAGACACCCGCAUCGUUUUGUCAUGGACGACGCACAAAUGCACAUCUACUUUCUCAUGAAGAAGGACUCUUACCCAAGAUAUCUUAAGUCUGACCUUUACAAGAACAUGCUGGCCAAAGGUAUUGUCCCCCAGGAGACAAAGAAAAGUGUGUUCCCCUUCAUGAGACGCCAGCGGCACUCCAGCCCCUCCCCUGCUCAGACUGCGACCCAGGUGACGGAGGAGGACGGGAAGGGGGCGGGGCAAGCAGGUACCAACUCUGCAGCCGGCUCCCAUGCCUGAUACGGGGCAAUCUCAGUCACUCAAGGAGCUCUCCUCUCCGCUUUUUCUUUCAAGUCAAACUGCAGCAGCAACAUUCACAGAGAUAGGAUUUCAACGUUAGAGCUUCCUCUCAGAGCGCAGGUGUUAAUGCGUGCCUCAGCAGCAUCACAUCUUAUUCCCAGUGCACAGGCAGUGAACAGCAAAAGGUUUAAGUGCUGCUGUUAGCGCCUUCACUGCCGCCUAGUCAUCCUGCAUCCCAUCUCAGUCCAGAAAGUCAGUCCUGUUGUUCUUGAUACUGAUUCCUAAUACUAAAAGUCUUCCUUUCUCCAUCAAGAGCUUUAAUAUAGAGUCUGCUCUGUCUCUCAUAAGCAGGUUUAGGCAAAAUGAUUGUUUAAAGAGAUGUAAAAUAUGUAUUUAGUCAGAACUUCGCCUCAGCAUGUUUGUGAUUAUCGUACAGUUGUUGCUUGUUUUGUUCAUUCCAUGCCGGAGCUUCACAUUGUCAUGGUUGUCGCUGUUAAUUUUGCUUGAGCAUGUUUUCAUCCUAAUAAAAUGUCACAACAGCAUUCAGUGUUGUGUUGUGCUCUCAGCUCAGCAUGCAGUGGUGAACUGUGA